AUGAGCGUGACAAUGAGUGUUAUCAUACCAGUAAAGAAUGGUGAAAAAUUCAUAGGAGAAUGCCUGAACUCACUAUUGAGACAGGAUUACCAAGGAACAUGGGAGAUAUCUAUUUACAACGAUGGUAGUGAAGACAGCACAGAGGCCAUUAUAAGACAAUUCGAACAAAGCUUCAAUGAUCGUAAUGUUCCAUUAGUCAUUAACUCAGGUGAAGUGUCUGGAGGUGUUGGGUUUGCCAAAAACAAGGCUGUUGCUCAUUCCAGCGGAAAAUAUGUAUGCUUUUGUGAUGCAGAUGAUAUGUCUCACGAAAAGCGUUUGAGUACGCUUGUAAAGUAUGCUCUGAGCUUUCCGGAACAUGCUAAUGUUUUCUUUGGAUCAUGCUUCCGACGAACUCCUGAGCAUUCUACCGUACGAUACACUCGUUGGGCUUGUAGUUUAACCAAUGAGCUACUUGAUAGACAGAUUUACACGUCACAUGGACCUACUUUGAUUGCUCCAACGUGGUUUUUGUCACGGACGCUGUUUGACCAGGUCGGAGGUUUUCGAGAUGAUAUCAAAAAAGGAUUUCCUGAAGACUUGGAUUUUUUCUACAAAACGUUUUCAUGCAAACAUGUGAUUUAUAGAAAGAUCGAUGAAGAGCUCGUUGUUUAUCGUUACCAUAGCGAUUGCGAAUCUUUCAGCGUUCAUGAAGACUCUAUAUGGGAACUAAGGUUGGAACAUUUGAGGAAAAAUGUUCUCCUCAAAUGGCAGAAGUUUUCUAUUUGGAGUGUUGGUAAACAAGGGAAGCAUUUCUUCAAGAGCUUACGCCCAGAGGAAAAAAAUAACGUAGUAGCUUUUUGUGAUGUGGAUAUAAAAAAAUUGAAUAGAGGAGUAUUUGAAAAUUAUGAUGAGGUUACUCGAACUGUUAUUCAUAAAAUUCCUAUACUAUCCAUUGAGAAUGUUCAACCUCCUGUUAUCAUUUGUGUGAAGUUGGAUAUGACUGGAGGAGAUUUGGAGAAACUGAUUGCAUCCAAGAAUUGGAUUGAAGGGGAAGAUUAUAUAUUUUUCACGUAA